AUGAAGCGUGGCCGGGAGGGUAGAGGUUCGGGGCCUCCAGCAAAACGCGGCAGAGGGCCGCCCGUGGGCGUAGGACGCUCCGCAUUCAAGGUCCUUUGCCCAGAUCGGCUCGUGGCGGCUGUCUUGGGAUCAAGCGGGCAGACCGUCGCGAAGAUCCAAGAACAUUCAGGUUGCCACUGCAACUUCUCGCGGCGAAAUGAGUUCUUCCCAGACACCAAUCUGCGCCUGCUGGUCAUCUCAGGCCCCGGCCCGGCAGAAAUCGUCGCUUGCUUGGAGCUGUUGCUCGAACAGGCGGAGACGUUAAGCACGAGCCGAGAAGGAUUGGGAAUGAAACUGCACCGAGAGCGGUUGCUAUGGUCCUUGUCGUAG